UUUCCGAAUCCGAGUCUCAGUCUUUGCUGACAAACCGAUCGUUGGCUCUCUUCCAAAACCAAAAUGGGCUUCUCGUUCGACGGCCCAUCGCGACCGGCGGGGAUGCUGACUGCGCGCAGCCGGUCGCGACUCUUCCUGCUGGCCAUGCUCGGGGCGAUGGGGAUGGCGCUGUACAGUGUGGCGGGGCGGCCCAUGAUGCGGUCGGACGAGUACCGCCGGGCCCAGCGCACCAAUCGCGAGGCCAUGCAGGCACGGGACAGAGACUUCAGGCCAGAUCCAUCCAGCCCCGAGGAGCAGGCGCGCGUCGCAGAGGUGCUCGAGCGCAAGCGACUCAUGUCGCAGCUCGCCCAAAAGCGCGAGGCCGCCGCGCUCAGCCAAGCUGCCAACGACGCCGGGCGGCAACAGGAGGCCCGGCGCAUUGCCCGAGAGCAACAGCAACAGCAGCAGCAGCAGAGCCAGGGUCAGAGCCAGGGUCAGGAUCAACGACCGAAUCCAUAGGCGGUUUUUCAAUCCGCAACAGCCUGAACCUGCUAAACCCCUUAAAUCCUUAGAUCGCCCCCCCCGCAUUCAACCAUUCAUACAACCAGCAUAAACCAAACAUCAACAUAGCUAAUCCCCGCAUCCCGAGUUGCGCUAUGUGCUACAAAACCCACUGUACUGUACCUUUACGAUCUUUUGUUUCACCAAAGUGCUCGUACUUGUAUUUUCUGUUUCACCAAAGUAUAAUUAUGUUCCACAA